GCAGCCUUGGUGUCAGCCAUGGGGAGCAUACAACAGAGAAACCUUCACCAUUUGGUCAUUGUGUUUUUCCUCAUGACCUCAACUUCACUCACUGCAGAUGGUCAGAUCAAAUUAGCUGGGUAUGGGUCUACUCGGUGCUCUGGAAGAGUGGAAGUCUUUUACAAGAGUACCUGGGGAACAGUCUGUGAUGAUAACUGGGACCUAAAUGAUGCUGAGGUAGUGUGCAGACAGUUGAACUGUGGUACGGCUCUGAGUGCCCCACAGUUGGCCCACUUCGGUAAAGGAACCGGAGAAAUCUUGCUUGAUGAUGUGGACUGUUCAGGAAGUGAAAGGUAUUUAAUUGAGUGUCAGCAUAGGGGAUUUUCUACUCACAACUGUGAACACAAUGAGGACGCUGGUGUAUUCUGUUCAGCGUCCCUCCCAAUGGCCAGCAUCUCAGUGAAUCCUGUUGAUGAGGUUAUCUGGGGUCAAGACGUAAAGAUCUCUUGUUCCAUCUCAAGUCGACCUGAGCAUCUUGUUAUUGAAACAUUCAUUUUGGAAAAGGCUUCAAGUUCAUUCAGUAUGAACCAAGCAUCAAGUGCCAACUCUGCCACCUUCAGCAUGCCGAAAGUCAACACCGAAAACGAAGGAUCGUACCGGUGUCGGUUUCAGGCAAAGGUUUCAAAUCAAGCCUUCACCUCCCCCCUAAGUACCUCAGUCAGACUCUCUGUUACCGUGCCACUGCAGCAGCCCAGCAUCUCCCUGACAUCUCUCAACAGAGGGCUGGACUGGGGCUCUGAAGGUGCAGAGACCACCAGGGGUUACAGCUUUGUCUUCACCUGCUCCAUUUCAUCCCCUUAUCCUGGAGGUGUUUUCUCUCUCGUCUUCUCCGGCUCCAGCCUCAACUACACCCAGCCAGCAGUCAACAACUCAGCCUCCUUUGACUUCCCUGUAGCCGAGUAUGAACACCAGGGCAACUACAGCUGUGUGUAUGAAGUCACACUGUCCUCAAGAAGAUUCACUUCUGAACAUAAUGCACCGAUUAGUGUCAUCGUUAAAAUGUCUCUGUUGCUGCUGGUCUCCUCAGCAGCUGCUGGGGGUCUGCUGCUGCUGCUGCUGGUCUUGCUGGUGGUCUGUCUGGUCUGCAAGAGAAGACAACGAGCCAAGCAGCCUGGAGCCCUCGUCCAAACUCAAAUGGCUGUCAGGAACAGUAAAGAGGAGGACGAGGAGGAUGUCUACAUGAAUGUUAAUCCGGAGGACACCGAGGAGAAACUCAAAAAGGAUGAAGGGAGAGAGGAAGAAGAGGAGAGUGAUGAAGAUGAUGAUUAUGAGCGAGCAUCCCCUGAUGUAAAUUUCACAAAGGCCAACGAGGUCGGCUACAGUGUAGAGGAACACAGAGAAGAAGAAGAAGAAACCAGUGACGAUGAAAGGGAUUAUGAAAAUGUAACCCAGCCAUUUGGUGAACAAACUAUAGACAUUUAUGGAGGAGAUGAAGAUAUUUAUCAAAACCUUUGAGGUGUCCAAUGGUUACCAUGCAUAAAGCACAGAUUUGUUUUUAACUCACUGCCAACUAACCAUUCAAAUGGAUGGUGUAGCUACAUGUACAUGACACAAAAAAAACAUGCAUUUGUUUUUUGAUAUGCCAAACUGUCCAAGAGUUUGGGUAGUUACGUAUUUGAAGAUAGGUAUUUUCACCAAUGGAACUUGAAGCCAAUUAGUCCAACAACAAAGGUGUACAGGUUGAUCUCUGGACGUGCAGUUUAAUGAAGCCUUAUUAGAUGUAGUCAGUAGGUGCCUAACUCCUUAAGUAUUUAUUUUACGCAUGUUUUUGAUGAAAAAGUAAUGCUACGUUUUAAUCGUUUGUUUGAGAACGGUCCAAGUCCUGCAUGGUUCUUUGGAACCCAUUUCAAUGUAUUUCUAUUUAAACUGGUUGAUCACAACAUUCUCUUUAUAAUAAUCUAUUUUACUGGCUACUACUUCUGGCUUCUUGCAUUAUCUAAGUACUAGAAAGACAGAAUUAAAACCACUCUCAUUUAUAGAGUGGCAUCAAUCUUCUCAUCUUACUCUCUGAAAGAAAGUGUUUUCCUCUCAUUGUUACAGACUACAUUUAUAUGAAUACAUUUUAAAUACACGUUUAAAUGUUGUUGGCAGGGUAAACGGUUUAAUUGAAGUGUUUCAUGUAGACUAUACCUUACUUUGAUAUACUAUUAUAUUCAAAUAGAUUUCCUUGCCUAUCUUUUUGUACAUGCACACAUAACCAGAUAUAACCAUGGGGAGUCUUUAGCUGGAUGGUCUCAUUCACCCAUAAAUAAUGACCGCACUGGGCUGGGUGGUGUAAUAAUAGCCCAGUAAUUAAGAGCGGAGGAGUCGGCAGCCAUCUUGAAUCUCCCUUUCUAUUUGUGUCUGUGGAAUCCCCUGGUUCACUGACACACUUCUUUAUUUUUGCAGUAGUCCUCAAAGGCAGGAAGUUUAACGUUUGCAUAGUUGAUCCUGUGUACCAUCUUGAAUGAUUAAAAGAGUCUGGUUUAAACUUACACAUUCUGACCGUUUUGUUGUUCCAAAUAAAAUGUUGUAAUAAAA